CUUUCGUGUUUGAAGUUCGAGAUUAUUUACAAUAAAAGUUAUAUUGGAAACACUUUUUACUUCAGUUCGUGUAAGCCUAAUUUGUAUUUAAAUAUAAAAUAAUACAAAACUGUGACAAGCUUUUGGUUCAAUAUGUUAGGCGGCCUAAGACUUAGAGUGUCGUAUACUUACGAGAGAUCUUGUUUUGCUUAUAUCAGUCCAAAGUACAGCACAAACAAUGAACAGUCACAAUGUGUACAAGUUCUUAUAAAAGAUAAGCAGAUAUAUUUAUGGGUGGUAUUCAGUAGUAACAUCCCUGAAGGUUACAUCGCCUGCAAUCCAAUUUAUUGCAAACUUGUAGGUUUGGAUGAAGGUAGUGAGGUUUUUGUUUCACCAUACACCAAUGUUAAGAUUCUGGAUGAGUUAUUUAUUGAUACGGAAAGCCCAGAUGAUCAAGAGAUACUAGAGCACAAUGCAGAAGUAUUACAACUGAGAAUUCUAGAUCAACUUAGACUUGUUGUAGCAAAUCAAAAGGCUAUAGUGUGGAUAUCAACAUCAAUGCCUAUUAUAUUUACACCAAAACAAACUGGUAUUAUCGUGAAUCAUAGUCGAGUUGUUGUCAAAAUAGAUGCAUUUAAUACUUUUCACAAAACUGUCACAUAUCCAUCAAUUCUACCUAAAGAUACCGAUACAAAAUUCAAUAAUUUAGGCAUUAUUAAUAGUGCACUAUUAGAGCCAUAUUUAAACGUACCAAUAAAGCUAGUUCUAAGAGCUUUACCUAUAGAUAGUGAUGGUAAAAAGAACCUUAUACAUCCCUAUACAGUAUUUGUGCAUGAAGAUUUAAUUGAUGUUAAAUAUAAAACUUUAACGGUUAUUUUAGCUACUAUGGAACAUAUACCAUCUAUUUUGAAAGAAAAUAAUGACGAGGACAGUGAUAAUAAUUGUAUAAUAGAUGGGAUUUGUGUGGAAAUAGUGCCUAUUGAUAAUGUCAUCUUUAGAAGUCUGUGUCAUGAAGUUUUCAAUAUAAAUAUACCAACAGUACUAAUACCGAAAGCUUUAAACGCUAUUAUAAAUGUAGAAAAUGGUACUAAAAUUAUAUUUAACGUAAUAGGUGAUAAAGUAGAUCAUCCAGAACAUGUAGAUAUUGUUACAUAUUCAGAUAAAAUCGAGACAGAAAUUGAUGUGAUUGAAAAAUUUAAAAAAUGUGUCGUAGAUAAUACGCAUUCAGGUAAAAAGUUUCUUAUAAAUCACAAUAUAGUGAAACAGAAUACACAAAUAAGUUCCGGUUAUAUACAAUUUAAACUUAAACCGGAUAACAUAAAGUACACAAUGCUUAAUUCGGAGUCAUUUAGACAGUGCACUGUAGCAGCGAAAUGUCUUAUCGAUUCUGAUCUUUCACUUCCAAAGCCUGUUAUUUCUAAUCUAGAAUAUGAUUACAAAAAUUACUGUAGGAGUAUAAAAUCUGUGCAAAGUCUGGUUGAGAAGAUAGUCUUACAUUUACAAUUUGAAAUACAUAGAGAAGCUAAUUUCAAAGGUGUGUCAGAGAUAAAGAGUAAUGUGCUUGUAACUGGACUAAAUGGUACAGGUAAAUCAAGUUUAUGUCACAUAGUUCAGAAAGAGUUGACAGUGUGGUCACAUAUAUUGCAUUGUCGGUCACUAAAAGGUCGUAAGGAUAUUCCGGAAGUGCUGGGUAAAGCUAUCCUGAUGUGUCAGGAGCACAGUCCUGCAGUACUUAUAUGUGAUGAUCUGGAUGCAUUAGUGCCAGCUAAUGUAGAAGGUGGCUCACCGCAAGACAUAGCAUAUUAUCAAAGACUAGCAGUAGUGAUGAAGCACUUGCUGCAGACAUGCUCUGGAGUGUGCGUGUUGAUGACGUCACUCAGCAUGAAGUCCCUACAUCCCACAUUACGUCAGUUCAACGGCAAGCCAUUGUUUACAUCACAAUUUGAUAUACCGGAGUUGGAACAGGAGGACAGAAUAGAAUUAUUCAAGCAUUUGAUAAAUGACAAAAUACGUUCGUCAUUUGAAGUGGAGGACGAUGACGUCAUCAAGAUGGCGCUGGACACCGCCGGCUGUACUGUCAGAGAUGUCACAGACUAUCUCAAUAAAAGAAUAUUCAAGGCUGUUAAGAAAAAAAGAGCUCAAUCUGAGGAUUUUAAACCGAGGUUAAUAGAAGAUAUCACAAAGGAUGAAGAUAAAGCGAAAGGGUUUGAUAUCUGGGGUCCAGUGGGAGGUAUGGAUGAGGUCAAACAAGUACUCACUGAAUGCAUAUUCUGGCCUAUGAUGUACCCCGGACUGUUCCCGUCCCAGUCGUGCGGCAUCCUGCUGUACGGACCCCCGGGCGCGGGCAAGUCUCACGUGGGCUCGUGUCUCGCUCGUCUCGCUGAUGUCACACUUCUCACUGUGAAAGGUCCCGAGCUGCUCUCUAAAUAUAUAGGACAGAGCGAGAAAGCUGUCAGGGAUGUGUUUGACAAGGCUGACAUGAAGCGACCGUGCAUCUUGUUCUUCGAUGAGUUCGACAGCCUCGCGCCCAAACGCGGACACGACUCUACGGGUGUGACAGACCGCGUGGUGAACCAGCUGCUGUCGCGUAUGGACGGGGCGGAGGGGGGAGCGCGCGGGCCCGUGCUGGCCGCCACCUCGCGACCUGACCUCAUAGACCCUGCGCUGCUGCGACCUGGACGUCUGCAGCGACAUGUCUACUGUCCGCUGCCCACACAGCCAGAUCGUCACGAGAUCCUGUUGACAUUGGCCAAGGACUUUAUCAUCCAUGAGGAAGUAGACCUGAUGUCGCUGGCAGCUCGCACUGAGGACUACUCGGCGGCGGACCUCAAGUCCUUGCUGAUCACAGCUCAGCUCACCAGGCUGGAGAAACACCUCGUAAGUGAAGACGGAGGCAGUAUGGAGACAGUGGUGCUGCAGCAUGAGGACAUAGAGUCCGCGCUGCAGGAGACCAAGCCCUCGCUGUCCAAGGAGCAGAGGCUCUUCUAUGAUACCAUUUAUCGCAGGUUUCGCGGCGAGCCGCUGUCUACUGAGCAGCGACAAGUUUCUCAGUUGAUGCACAAACAGAGAGUUACAUUAGCUUAGUUUAAAUAAUAAACUAUUGACAACACCUAGCUUUGCUCGACUUCAUUCAAGUAUAAAAACUAGCUUAUGUUACUCCUUGAUACAAUAUCUUUUUAAAGGUGUUAAGAUUUUUUAAAUUGAUUCAGUAGUUUUCGAGUUUAUUCGACAUAAUUUUUUUUUAAUGUUAUAAAGUGGUAAACGAGAAAUCGGUCACUUCUUCCUCUUCCCGUCCUUCACUUGAAUAGUGGGAAGGGAAAGGGAACUAAAUCUGUACUUUUUCUCUAUUUAAUGUUAGGAAAUCUUGUUAAUCACUGUAUUGUGAAUUUUUUAGGGUAAGUUCACAUUGUUCUAAAGAUUUGUUCUGCACAGCUUAAAGUCACCAAAGAUAUGUAUUUUUGUUAAUUCUAAGACAAGUGAUACUGGAGUUGGAUUUUUUUAAUUUGGUGUUUAUAUGUUAGAGUUGUUUAAGUGAAUUAUUAGAUAAUAAGGUGAAAGUUGUUAAUAAAUAUUAGAUGACGAGACGGUUUAUAGAUGAUUUGGUGGGGGCAUUGUCGCGCCCCCUUUAUUAGAAGACAUUGCAAUGGUUCAAUAUAAUUUUGAUGCAUUAUAAUUUUUUUAAUAUUUUUAUU